AAAAUUUCGCUGUUUCAAUGGAUGAGUGGAAAACAGUUGAGGAUGAACUCCAGCCUGGCCAGCUGUUCCUCGCCUGAUAGCUGUACGCAUGCUCCAGGAUUACAGCUCCCACAAUCCUUCGCAUCGACCUCCCUUGAACUACAUUUCCCAGAGGUCUACGUCAACGUACGUCAGACGCCGGAAUGUCGUCAUGACGCAGAGCCCAGCCAGCAGAAAGAGGGCGGCUGCAGUUCAAGAUGUCGGAGCGGGCGGGAAGCGGCGCUGCCGCUGCAGCCGCCGUUGCCGCUAAGGAGAAGCGCAGGCAGCAACUGAAGCGCUGGAAGGGUUCUUGCACCGAUCUAGAACCGGGCGAGCCGCGGUGGCUGGCGGUGGCGGGAGCGGUCAGCGGUUCGAGCCCGAGGCGGGUGAGGUUCGAGGCGGCUGCGGAGUUCCUGGCGGCCUGCGCCAGUGGGGACGCGAAAGACGCUGAGGAAAUGCUGAGGGGAGGCGCCGACGUGAACUGCGCCAACACGGACGGAAUCAGUGCCCUCCACCAGGCAUGCAUAGAUGAAAAUUUGGAAAUGGUGGAGUUUUUGCUGGCACGUAAUGCCAAUGUUGACCUGCCGGAUAACGAGGGAUGGACACCACUGCAUGUGGCGGCAUCGUGUGGUUAUUCUGAAAUUGUUGAGUGUUUAAUCAACCAUGGUGCCAAUAUUGCAGCUGUGAAUAGUGAUGGGCAGUUGCCAAUUGACCUUGCAGAGGAGGACUACAUGGAGACCCUGCUGCAAGAUCACAUUAACAAGCAGGGGAUUGAUGUGGAAUCUGCAAGACGUGAAGAGGAGGAAUUGAUGCUACAACAUGCCAGACAGUGGUUAAACAGUGGGAAGAUUGAAGAGGUAUCUAAUCCGAAAUCUGGUGCCAAUGCUCUCCAUGUUGCUGCUGCCAAAGGCUACAUUGAAGUGAUGAGGUUGCUCCUUCAGGCAGGGUUCAGUGUCCACGCACAAGACAAAGAUGGCUGGACACCAUUGCAUGCUGCUGCGCACUGGGGAAUGGAAGAAUCCUGUAGGCUUCUUGUGGAACAUUUCUGUGACAUGGAAGCAUUAAAUAAUGCAGGCCAGACACCAUUUGAUGUUGCAGAUGAGGACAUUUUAGGAUUACUUGAGGACCUUCAGAAGAAACAAGAUGAUCUGAAGACCGAAAAAGAAGAAAAGAUGAAACGAGCCAUUAUUGAAACCUCUAUACAGCAACAACAGCAGCCGGCUAAACCCAGGAAGAGCUCUGUGUGUAGGAUGAGCAGCAAGGAGAAGAUCUCUGUGCAAGACCUGUCAAAGGAGCGUAAGACGUUGGAAGCCUUGUCUUUGGAUGAAAGCAAGAAAGAGGAAUCCAGCAGUUCGAGUUCAGAAACUGAGGAGGCAUCGGAGUCUGAUUCAGAAUGUGAAACUGAAAAGAACAAGAAACCAGUCGUCAGUAACGACACCAAUAACUUAAAUGGCACUGAAGUUAUUCCUCUAGCGCCUACUGUCACCCUUGCACCAUCAAGCCUGCAGGACACUGACUCAUUUGCAAAGCUAACUGUCAAGCAAGAAGCUCCUCCUGCAGCUUGGCGUACUGGACUUCGGAAAACUGGCAGCUAUGUCACGCUACCUGAUGCACAGCACUCUGCUGAGAAGAUCCCACUAGGUGGUAUCAAACGCUCUGCUUCUUCACCACGAUUGGGCUCUGAUGGGAAGGACAAAGGAAUACAGGAGACCCGCCUGGCCAGAGUGCCUCCCACUCCAAUUGGAAGGAUGCUCAGUGUGCCUGAGACUUCAGCUGAGCAUGCAAUAAGCUCUGCCUACCAGCAGGUUAGAGAUCCCAGCUCCCAGAUGCCAAAGGAUGUUCCGGGCACCACUGAUUUUAAAGAGCGGCGUCGGUUAUAUCUUACCCCAGUGCGUGAUGAGGAGUCAGAAUCCCAAAGAAAGGCACGGUCACGGCAUGCUCGACAGUCCAGACGAUCAACACAGGGUGUAACACUCACAGAUCUAAAAGAAGCAGAAAAGACCAUAGGGGGUGCCACAGAGACAAAAAGCCAGGAUCAGCUGGAGAAGAGAGAGGAAAAAGAGAGUGACAGCAGAAAAGGAAGGAGCUUAGUAGCUGAGGACAAGGAAGUGGGUAGUCGACUGAGACCCUCCACCACAGAAGGAGUAUCGCUUACAUCCACAUUCUCCAGAUAUUCUGUUGCUUCAGCUUCGAUUAUAGAUUCAUACAAAGAAUCCGAAGACAGCAAAAAGGAGGAAGGAGAUUCGGAUUAUAGCAAUCAGAAUCGGUUAUCUAUACGAGAUCGACGGAAAGCUAGGAAAGAACGUAGGUUUACUGGCAAACCAGAAUUCACAGAAGAGGAAGACAGCACAGAACAGAUGAACAGUGUGGACACUUUAACGCACAGGUAUGGCCUAAGUCAGAGUGAUCGGAUUCCGAACAGAAUUGGAACACUUUUCCACUCUAGUGCAGGACGAAUGGAGGAUGGUAAUAAUGACUUCAGGAAGAUGUAUGAAGUUGUCUUGUCAGAGAAUGUGAGACUUAAGAGCGAGUUACGAGAAGCACAAUCUUACCUCACACAAGCUAAUCAGGAAUUGGAGAGGGUGUUGCAGAGACAAGGAAGGCAUGAAAAUAGGCCGGCACAAUUGGAGUUGGAAAGAUUUGAACGAAGGGCAUUUGAAAGAAAAACAGCCGAACUGGAGGAGCAGCUGAAGGUUUUAACAGACUUAAAAACAAACAAUCAGAGACUAAAGGAUGAGAAUGCGGCCUUGAUCCGUGUCAUCAGCAAGCUGUCAAAAUAGUUGAGGUGCCAUCCUCCAGCUGCACCACUCUAAAACAUGGGAAAAACAGUUGCCAACUCUGAUACUGUACAGCUGACUCUGGGUUUUGAUCAAAGGAGAAUCUCUUCCAUGUCAAGUAUUUUUUUUCACAGCCAUUAUGGUUAACUAUUGUGAGGGGGGGGGGGUUAGUAGAGCAGAUAAAAGACAGGAGGGGCAAACUUAUGAUAGUCCAGGCAACCAACCAACCAGCCUAAGUUCCAAUGGCCAAAGCUGAUGCAAAUUGUCAGAUGUGUCUGGUCACGUAAAAUUGCCAACAGUGACUCUGCUGUUCUGAGAUUUUUCUGUUUUCUUUUGUAUCUAACCAAUUGUGAAGGUUAUCUUUUGUGACCUCUGGAUGUGUGUGUUUGUAUAAAAUAUGUAUUUAUGUUCUGGUGAAUGGAUAGCUCAGUUUGUUAAUUUACAUUCCUCUGUGUCCUGGUCAGUUGGAUAAACAUAUUUUACUUUCACAGUUAGUACUCUGGUCAAUUACCAUUGCCCCUUUCUACCACACUCUCUGCCCUGACAUGAAAUAUUUCUUACAGCUAUUGAAUGUAUUUCAAUCUUGCAACUUUUUAUUUCUUUUCCUGUAAAUGCUUUGGAAUAGCACUUCUCGUGGUAAUCAGUAUGUGAAGAGCAAAAGAUUUUGAAUGUUAUUAUGCAGUAUUUUUUUUACAUAGUGUCAAGUAUUAAACUGAAAAGUUAAUGUGAAUUGAUUUCUGUUUGAGUUAGGGGUGUAAUUUUUCCAAUUUACGCAUGAAAGUAUUUAUUGGGGUUUGAAAUGUAAUACAGCUGGUUAAAAUUCCCUGGCUCAUUUAAGGUUUUAAUCCUUGUUCAGGGCCUGGGUUUUAACACAUUGUCCCCAUAACAUUCAGAGGAAGUUUGUUAUUCAAAUUGCUCUGACCUUUCGGGAUGCUUGAGAAGGUAUUUGGUCUUCAAAGUCAUUUCAUUGUGUGCCCUUUUUUUUGUAUAAUUUUUUAAUCAGCAGUGAACUCAACCCUAGAACAAUUCGAUAACUCCGUUGAUUCAGGUGAAAUGGUCGGCAUCAGGUUGCAGUACUGCUUGAGGGCCUGUACGCCAGUGGCAUCUGGUGGCAGAAUAACGUCGUACGCUGUUUAGCAAAACAUGAGUUUUUUUUUAAACUUUUGCUGCAAGUGCAAAUAGUUCCUGAGCCAACGUGUCCUAAAAUAGAAGCCAGUUUCAGUGUUUUGAGUAGUAGCUCAGGGUUACCUUUUUUAUUUGCCUAAAGUAAUGAGAGUGGCCGUACACAGUGCAUCUUAUUCCAACAGUCAGCUUACUUUUAAGUGAAAGGAUCAAGAGGAUGCUCAGUGUUUUUUUUUUGAGUAGUAACAUUACAGUUUUCCUUUAACUGAUGGUACCUAUUCUGAGUUCAAUACUUUCAAAUGCUUAGGUUGUAUGCUUUAACACAUAGCAGCAGCACAUUGUAACUUUGCAGCUGCUUUUCAUGGUUGAGAUGAAAGCUUUGGGAGUCAGCUAUUGUGUGCCAACUGGUCGUUGCUUCUGCAGCAGCUCGCAAAAGAACCAUAACCAAAUUAAUGCCCAGCAUUUGUGGUAUAAUGGGCAAAAAAGCAGGGUUUGGACACUAAUAUGAUGGAGUGUUGUGCAGGGGAAAGCAAACAGGUGAAAGCAAAGUGCUCCCUAAUCAUGUGACUAGCAUUGCAUGAGGAUUGUCAUGCUGGAGGAAUAUUAAAAUCAGCCAAAGCUCCUGCUCUUCAAGUUCUGGAAACGUCACUCUUGUCUACAGCUCCCAAUCAAGGUUUAGAUUGUGAAUAUUCACUGCAUCUAUGUAUAUUUUCUGAUUUAGUUUCCCUAAUUCAGGAAAAUAAAUUCAAAAGUGGAAUUAUUGUCCAGCAAAUAUGUGCUUUCAUGGGGUGUAAUUUGGACCAAAUAAUUUCUCUGCUGAAGUCUUUGUUUUACUCUGUCCUCGAGUACCUGAUUACUCAGUGGGCAACCAUCGAAACUGGUCUGAAUUAUUUGCUAUGUUAAAAAUGUUUUUUCUUUUCCCACAGCUUGGCUUCCUGUGACUUCAUUUUUUUCCCCACCCCCUUCUCUAGAAUUUGCUGAGAUAAGUUGUGUGGUGGUGCAACUUUUUUUUUUGGCUGUACUGUGUUUUUCUGCUGCCUCAUGAGGCCCACUACUUCAGCAGUCUGCUUAAAUACAGCGGAAACUCUGUUAUCCGAACGAGAUGGGCGGGGCACUAUUUCGUUCGGAUAAUUGAUUAUUCGGAAAAUCGAUUUUAAAUGCCUUUUCCUCUCGGGCUCAGUUUUAAAGUCUGUUCUCUGUUCAGGAGACUAGCAGCAGCACAGCGUGUGAGGCCCCGCCCUCCCCCAGCACAAAGCACGCGAGCCCCUGUCUGCCCCCAGAAGCCUGUCCAGGCCCUGCCCCUAGUCCCCAAUCUGGUCCAACUCCGCCUCCCGCCUCCCGCACCCCCCAACCCCAUCCAACCCUGCCCCCGCCCCCAGCACAAAGCACACCAGCGCCCGAAACCCAACACAGCCCCCUGUCUCCCUACCUGUCCACCCCUUGGCCCCCUCCCCAGGGCAUCUGGACUGGACACCAGCACCAAGACUGCUACUGCUACAGCUGCCUUUAUGGGGUAAGUCUCCAAAUAUCACACAGACACAGCCACACACAACUUUUUAGUGCAACUUUUUGACAGGUUCCAC